AUGGGCGAGUUUGACUUUGAACCGCCGUCCUUCUCCCUCCACGUGCAGCCUUCCGAGCUUCACAUGGAACCUGAUGCGAGGAUGAACUUCCUCCCCUCACAGGGAGUGGACGCUCCCAGCCUCUCGUUUCAUCCUGAGGCGCCUCCAAAGUCCCCCCCUCUCGUGCAGCCCUCUGAGAUUCAGGCAGAACUUGAUGGGAUGAACUUCUCCCCCUCACAGGGCCUGGACGCUCCCAGCUUCUCCUUGAAUCCUGAGGCGCCUCCAAAGAUGGGCGUGAAGCAUGAGACGGCUUUUGAGGCGCCGGAGGAAUCGGGGACACAGGAAUCAGGAUUUCAGGCGUCACAGGGUUUGGACGCACCCAGUUUCUCGUUGGGGCUGGAGGGGUGGGAUGGGGAAGAGGGCGCGUUGGGGGAUGGGCAAUGCAUGACAGAGAGGGACGGGCAACAAGGAGCAGCAGAGAGAGUUUUUGAGCGGAGUCAUAGAAAGAUGGAGAGCACAGUGGGGGAUGACGAAGGGUUGGCAAAGAGGGAAGCCUGGGAAGGGAAGCAGGGGGCAGUUGAGCAGCGAGUGGCAGUGGGAUGGGACGGCGAGAGGCAAGGCGCCACACAACAGCCCCCAAGGCAGACCCCGGCAGCAACACCUGUGCCGUCAAGUUCCAUGCAUCAGCCACCCGCAACACAGACUCCGGCAACAACACCCACGCUGUCGGAGGCUACGAGGCAGCUGCUGCAGCGGCGCCUGCCGCACCUGCAGCUGGUGGGGUGGCUGGAGGAGCGGGGGUGCGAUGCCAACGGUGACCCUGUUUUCAUCGACUACCGAUGCCAGUUUGGCUCCGAAACUCCCUCCGGGGCAGAUACUGACAGAGGAGGCCGCCCUUUUUCUCAAGCGCAUGGAAAUGAGAAUGAGAAUGAGAAUGGCUGCUAUGAGGUCGGGGGUUCCGGGUUUCCAUGCCCGCAGCAGCCUGCUGGUGUUGGUGCUGCUGGGAGCGCUGCUAGGAAGGUGCAUUUUGAGGCGCCUCAAAAUGCACCUCACUACAUGUGCCCGCAGCAGCCUGCUGGUGCUGGUGGUGCUGGGAGCGCUGCUAGGAAUGGGGGGAGGAUGGGAGGGGAGGGAUUUGGACGGCAGCAGCAGCUUUCCCAGCAGCAAGGGGGCAGUGGGAGGAGGAGAGGGAGUGGUGGUGGCGGUGGUGCUGUUGCUUCCAGGGCUGGUGGUGGUGGUGGUGGCAGCAGUGGUGGUGGUGUUACGGGAAGGGGUGUUGCUGGUAGCAGUGGUGGUCACUGGGUGGCAGAGGGUGGCAAGAAGGUGAGCUGUCUCACACUUUGUUUUAGGUGUGUUUUGAGAAUUCGAGAAAAAUACCUUCUGGAAGGGGUGGUGAUGGCAGCAGCAGUGGUGGAUAUAGGUAUAGGAAGGGGUGCUGCUGCUAGCAGCAGCGGCGGUCACUGGGUAGCAGAGGGCGGCAAGAAGGUGUAUGUGACAGCAUCAGGGAAGACCCUUUACGGCCGCAUUGCCUAUCGUCAACACCUCAGGGAUUCCGGGAGGACGAGCAGGAGAGGCAAGGGCAAGCGAAAGCGCAAGUGA